GCCAGUGAAAACAGUGGUUCGAUUUUUUUUCAUGUUUAUGCUUUGACUCAUACGUUCGCUAAAUGUAGUCAUAAGUUUAAAAAAACGUGCAGAGACUCGUGUAGCCAAACGCACACAACAAAAGUACGUUUUUGACAAACAUACUACAAAUAACUACACACCGAAUCAACACAUAUUUUGAUAUUUCGCUCUCUCUCUCUUAGCAGGCAAUGUCGUUUUUAGCUCGCUGUUGUCGUCACACAAGUACACAUAACGAAAAUUAAGACAAAAACAAAUGAGAAAGAGAAAUAAAAAGAGAGACUCUUUAUGUACACAACGGUUCAUAUGUUGUGUCAUUUGAUAAUCACGUUACCACCAUUCACGUUUCUCUCUGUGUAUCUACGUACAUAUUUAUUUUAUUACAUACUAAAUCAAUUUGUAGCUCACUUGUGUUUUCAUUUUCUCACAGAGUUUCUCCAGUGGUUUUCAGUUUGUUUUCGUUCACAAAUCAAAGUUGUAUACGAGUGAGUGAAAAAGCUCCCUAUCGACUCGGACAGUCGUUGCACGUUCGUCAAUCGAUAGAAUCAUCCCGCUUGCUUUGUUUGAAAAAUAUUUAAUAAUAUUCUUUGUUCAAGGAGCGUUCAAAGUUCACAUUUUAAAAAUCAAGGAAUUUUUUUCAUUUAUUACAGUUUUUCAAGAUUUUACGUUGUGUUGGAUUUUUUUAGUGGUAAAAAUGAUAGAAUAGUAUCGACUUGAAGGACAAUUGGAGACCAUAUUUUUUUUUGAAUUUUUCUUUGGCGUUUCAUAGAAGUGAAAGCAAAGUAAACUAAAUCCAGAAAAUUUGUCACGUGUUACGAAUUGACUUCCACGUUGAUAAAAAUACAGAUUGUAAUAUAUUUUUUUUAGAUAAAAAUUCCGGUGAGAAAUACGUAAAUAAAAAAUGCAGCGUUGGUUUUUUGGCAGUGGCAAUGAAUCGAGUCAAAGUCCAUCACACGAUCAAAAUCUACCACCAGAAAAUAAUGGUCGUUUGCACACGUUUCGUGUAUUAGUCAAUCAACGUUUGGAGACAAGCGAACGAGUCGCUGUAACUGGUGAAUGUUCAAGUUUGGGUCGCUGGUUGCCCGCCCAUUGUGUUCAAUUAAAUCGCGAAAAUGAUACAAAUAUAUGGUCACGUGAUGUUUAUAUUCCGGCAAAUAAAGAUGUGCCGUAUCGCUACUUAAUAUGUACGGUUGAUCCCAUGACAGAGAAUAUUCAUGUGCGACGAUGGGAAACACAUUUGAAUCCACGUCAAAUUUCGGCCGACCAUGGUGAAGUCACCGAAAUUGAGUCGAAAGUAUCUCCCGUUGCUGAAACAGCCAUGCCGAAACCUAGCUCCCCGUCAACAUCGAAAAACAAUGUUCCAGAAAUCGAUACAUUUGGUGAUAUAAACGGUUCAGAGAAAAUUGAUCGUGGCUGGCUCACUACCGAGACCGUGUUCCAAUUCAAAUUCAUUCGUAAUCCAUUCAUUCUAAGGCAAAAGUUGAAAAAUCGCUUGCUUUACGUAAAGUUGACGCCAAUGAAUUUGCGUAUAAACUCCGCUGAUACGUCAGCACAUGGCCAUUCGACGUUUGAAGUUGAAGAUUCGAUGUCAAAUGAUACGCGCGAGAAUGGCAGUACUGAGCAACCGGUGUAUGCUUUUGCCGAAGUGGCCACACUUAAAUCAACAAACAAUGUGUUCGAACAACAAACCCAAUUCGGCCGACCCUACCAUCAAGACGACAUUUUGAUAUUUAAUGUUAGCGUUGGUGAUCCAGAGAAUGUUGCUUAUCUAAUCGAUCUGUAUACAUAUAGUUCCAGGGUGUCGCCUGACGAUGAUGAACCACCCUAUCAUUUAGGCUAUCAUUAUAUAUUGCCAAAUGUUCUACGUAAAUCCGAUGGUAAAAUCGAAAUGCCGAUUACAUGCGCAUCCAAGCAUCGACCGUUGGGAAUGAUGAAUAUUGAAUAUAUUCGGAUUUCUCCAUUAAAUUCAUCGGUGCAACUGAAUAUGAAACGAUCGUUCGGUCGUUACUGGAAUAAUAGGUGGAAGGGGCUCGAAGUUGGUCACCGUGGUUCUGGCACAAGUUUCAAACCAACGUCUGGAGACGAUGCAAUUCGAGAAAAUACCAUUGCUUCUCUUCAGAAAGCAGUGGAUGCUGGCGCUGAUAUGGUGGAAUUCGAUGUUCAAUUGAGUAAAGAUUUAGUGCCGGUUAUUUAUCACGAUUUGCAUGUGUACGUUUCAUUGAAAAAGAAGAAAUCAUUGGAUGAAAAUGAUUAUCUCGAAUUGCCAAUGAAUGAAUUAACGUUGGAGCAAUUGAAACAUUUAAAAGUGUAUCAUCAAGUUGAAGGAAAAACGAGGCAACCAAAAUUCUUUGACGAGCAUCUUGAUCAGCAUCAACCAUUUCCACAGCUUUCGGAUGUUUUCGAUGCACUUGACGAAAGUGUUGGUUUUAAUAUUGAAGUUAAAUGGAAUAUGGAAUUAUUUGAUGGCCGGCAUGAAAUGGAUCGUGUAAAUAAAAAUCCAAAUUUGUAUGUUGAUUGUAUAUUGGAUGUUGUUCUAAGCAAAGCUGCCGAUCGACGAGUGGUGUUUUCUAGUUUUGAUCCAGACAUAUGUGUGAUGUUGCGCUGGAAGCAAAACAUAUACCCGGUCAUGUUUUUGUCACAAGGCAUCUCCGACCGCUAUGAAAUGUUUCACGAUCCUCGUGGUGACACAAUUGAAAAUGCUGUAUUUCAUGCCAAUUCAAAUGGACUGCUAGGCAUUGUUGCACAUACAAUGGAUUUAUUACGUGAUACAACUCAAUUAAACUUGGCAACAAAUCUGGGUUUGACCGUGUUUUGCUGGGGUGAUGAAAAUAACUCGAAGGAAACGAUUAAAUUUUUAAAAGAUUUGAAUAUUCAUGGAAUCAUUUACGAUAAAAUGGACAAAUUAACAGAGAAAAAUGAGAAGCGAAGCAUAUUCUAUGUGGAAGGGAAAGAAUCACAAAAUGAUAUUUUGCGCAUGAGCCAGCUAGAGCAAGCACGACAUGAGCAGAAUUCCACAUCAAAUGCUCAAUCGUCGUCGAUGACAAGCGAAGAGGCACAAUCAUCUAGCAUACUCAACAAUGAUCCUAUCAGUUUAUUGAGCAAUGGUUGUCCCAUUGAAGCGAGUGAAAACAAUUGAUUUGCAUCGCUUUAGAAUAAUUACGACUAGACAUAGGUUUGAAUAGUUCUUUUUUAGAAAAAAAAUCAAUCAUCGUACAAACAAAAGAUAAUUUAUAUUUUUAAAAGCCAUUUCAAUAUUAUAAGGCAAGAGCCAAUAAACACAUCACCAACAAAGCAAAACUGAAACAACAUGUCAACAACAGUAGCAAAAAUUCAUUCAUGACCAAUAAGAAAUACCUAAGAAUUGAUUUCACCUUUUGUUUAAUCUAAUUUCCUUUAUUUUUCUUUUAGUUUUUAACAUCGACUAUUCUUUAUGAUUUCGAUAUUUCAUUUUUAAUGUGUUCGAUUUGAAUUGGUGUAUUACAUUUAUGUUAUUGCAGCUUUGUAAUAAAUAGUUCACACACUUUGAUAUGAGCUCAUUUCUAUUUAUAAGUGAAAGGGAUGUUUAAAGGAAUCAAUACUUGAGAUUCGAUUCGAAUUUGUAAUUUAUAACUUAAAUGGAACCAAUGUCCAAAGUACGAUACAAGGCCAAAAUAGCAUCUGUGCUUCGGUUUAAGUUAGCAACAAAAUAGUAUUUUUACAACAAAAAUAUUAUCAAGUUCGUCCAAUAAUACAAUUUUCACAAUUAUUUAAAAAAAAAAAGUAGUGACGAUUUAUUCUGUUCAUAAAUUUUGCAGUACUCCAAAAGCUUAUUACUCUGUUAAUAGACAAUUUAAGCAUGCAAUAAUAAUAAAUGGAACAAUUGCUUGCGAAUUUUCAAUCGCUUUGAAAAUUGCGAA